GGCGGGGCGGGGCGCAAUGGGCGCGAGCUCCUGCUCUGAGCGCAGCCUCACAACUGGUCUCCGGUAACGGCCAAACGGGUUUCUCGUCCCGCCCGGCGGGAGGGCAAAAUGAGAAUUUACAUUUGGUUGUCAGGGUUCUUAGCUGGUGCCUUUAUGGCUCUUGGGUUUGCUCUGUUGCUGACCACUGCUUCAGGAGGAGAAACAGAAAGUGGAGAUGUACUGAAGUGGGGGUAUAUUACUCCAGCUUCCAAGCACACCAAGGGAAGAGUGGAUCCUGGACAAGUGUCAAAUGCAAGCAGCAGGCCUCUCCCAAUUGACGAGUUACUUGACAAGCCAGGGAACAGUAGAGCUGGCUUUCCCAGAGAUGAAGAUAUUUCUAAGUUCAAUUCAGAUUCAGUUUCUUGGCCAGAAUUCUACCUUAGGCGCCCUGCUGGUUCUUCUGUGCUGUUCUCCAUUCUCCCAAAUAUGAAGAGGCGCAAGGUCAUCUGGAGAUUUUUGAACCACGAGUACGAGUUGAUCAUCUUGGAGCAUAUGUCUUAUAGUAAUAUAGUCUCGUUCAAUUCCUAUUUCAGACACCGAGUCAAAUAUGAUUUAAAAACUGGCUCCCUCUUAGUGAAAAAAUUGCAAGUGGAAGAUAGUGGCCUAUUUGAAGUGAAAUUAGGUGAGCUCUUGUUCGCCAACUCAAUUCAAUUCAAAUAUGUCCGUUUUCACCUGGACGUGCAGGCUCAACUGCAAACCCCACUGAUCCUCCAGAGGCCUGCCGACAUCUCUGAUCGUGUUCAGCUGAGCUGCAUUGUGCAAACUGGCAAAGUAACUGGCACUCAAUGGCUGAAGGAUGGUGUACCAAUACACAACCAUUCACAGUAUAGACUGGCAUCAGAUGGCUCUACUCUAUUCAUUGAAGAUUUGAAAACCACGGACUGUGGCUUGUAUACCUGCAGUGUAAAGAAUGAUGUCAGCAAAGCCCAAAUCUCUUACUUUCUUGUUGCAAACGGUAGGAUUUCACAUUGUAUCAGGUGAGAGUUCACCGUACAACACUGUGUGUGAGACAGGAGAUUUUUUUUGUUAUUGUAUUUGGUGAGAUUGGUAGUCAUAUAGAAAAUGAAACAUUUUCACGUCUCUGUUCAAUAUACAGUAUGUUAAUCUGUUGACAUUAAUUUCCUCACUAAUUGUUAUAAUAUGGGUGGUAGGGUAGCAUAGUGAUGAGCAUAACAAUGUUAAAGCACCAGUGACCCGGGUCCUAUUCCUGCCACUCUCUGUAAUGAGUUCAGUGUGAUGGGCAUAUCGAUAUUACAGUACCUGUGACGUGGGUUCAAUUUCUACUGCUCUAGGAUAGGAUAACAAUAAUACAGCACCAGUGACCCAGGUUUAAUUCCUGCAGCUCCCUGUAUUGAGUUUAUAGUACAUUACAAUAUUACUGUUCCAGUUACCUAAGUUAAGUUCUCACCACAGGUUUGUUGCAAUUGGCAGAAUGAUAUUACCAUACCAGUGACCUGGGUUUACAGUGCCUAUAAAAAGUAUUUAUCCCCCCCCUUGGAAGUUUUCAUGUUUUAUUGUUUUAAAACAUUGAGUCACAGUGGAUUUAAUUUGGCUUUUUCAACAAUGAUCAACAGAAGAAAAUUCUCCUGUCAAUGUAAAAACAGAUCUCUACAAAUUGGUUUAAAUAAAUUACAAAUAUGAAACACAAAAUAAUUAAUGCAUAAGUAUUCACACCCCCCUCCCUAUAAUAUGACACACCAAAUCAUCACUGGUGAUCCAAUCAUCCAUUGGUUUUAGAAGUCACAUAAUUAGUUAAAUGGAGAUCUGUUAUUGCAGUCAAGAUAUUUCAAUUGAUUGUAGUAAAAAUACACCUGCAUCUGGAAGGUCCAACUGCUGGUGAGUCAGUAUCUUGGCAAAAAUAACAUCAUGAGGACAAAAGAACACUCCAACCAACUCCACAAAAAGGUUAUUGAAAAGCACAAGUCAAGAGAUGGAUUCAAGAACAUUUCCAAGUCACUGAAUAUAAGUUCAUCCAUAAGAAAUUGAAAGGAUAUGGCACAGCUGUAAAAAAAAAAGCAGGCUGUCUUCAAAAAUUGAGUGACUGUGCAAGAGGAGGACUAGUGAGGGAGAUCACCAAGAGACCUAGGACACCUCUGGGGGAGUUAGAAGCUUCAGUGGCUGAGAUGGGAGAGUUUGCACAUACAGUAACUUGCCUGAAUGCUUCACCAGUUGCAGCUUUAUGGAAGAGUGACAAAGAGAAAGCCACUGUUGAAAAACUGUUGAAAUUGCAUGACAUAUGCCCUGGAUGUUAAACUUGAUGCUGAUUCGAAGAAUUCUCUGAGCAGUAUUUUAUUGCAUUUACCACACUGGGACCACAU